ACUUGUCUCUCUCUCUCUCUCUCUUGUUUCUUUCUUUCUUUCUUGUUUCUUCUUUUCUCUCGCCCUAUCUCUUCUUCUUCUUCUUCAUAGUUGACCUGCGAAUCUUAAGGCAAAAGCAUCGAUAAAAUCUUUACACUUAUGCGACAAGAUCGGAAACGUUGUGAAGCUCGCUCUAGAUCCGAUCUUUUCAACCCUUGUUUAUCUUAAUCGAGAUCUGGCUCACUUAAUCGAAUCGGACUAUUACCCUGUUUUCAAAAUUGAUUCCUGAAUAUGUCUGCCGAGCUUAAACCCGAAUCGGUUCACAUCCGCGAGGUUUGGGGUCAUAAUCUUGAGGAAGAAUUUAAACUGAUUAAUUCAAUUGUUGAUGAUUAUCCUUACAUAGCUAUGGAUACUGAGUUUCCUGGAGUUGUUCUUCGUCCUUUGGCUACUUUCAAACAUAUCAAUGAAUAUAACUAUCAGACUUUGAAGGAUAACGUUGAUAUGUUGAAGUUGAUUCAGUUGGGUCUUACAUUUUCUGAUGAGAAUGGUAAUUUACCAACUUGUGGUACUGAUAGAUGUUGUAUUUGGCAAUUCAAUUUCCGUGAAUUUAAUGUUAGCGAAGAUAUUUUCGCUAAUGAUUCGAUUGAGUUGUUGAAACUAUGUGGGAUUGAUUUCGAGAAGAACAGUGAAAUGGGUAUUGAUUCUAAUCGAUUUGGUGAACUCUUGAUGUCUUCUGGUGUUGUUCUUAAUGAUGAUGUUCAAUGGGUAACAUUUCAUAGUGGGUAUGAUUUUGGGUAUCUUCUUAAGGUUUUAACUUGCAGGAGUUUGCCAGAUACUCAAUCGGGGUUCUUCAAAUUACUUCAUAUGUAUUUCCCCAUUGUUUAUGAUAUCAAGCAUUUGAUGAAGUUCUGUAACAGUCUACAUGGAGGUUUGAGCAAACUUGCAGAGCUUUUAGAAGUUGAGAGGAUUGGGGCUUCUCAUCAGGCGGGUUCUGAUAGUUUACUUACUUCGUGUGCGUUCAAGAAGUUAAAGGAUAGUUUCUUCAAUGGUAAUACAGAGAAGUAUGCUGGUGUUCUGUAUGGCCUUGGUGUUGAUAAUGGAUCAGAAAACUGAAAGAAAAAAAAAACAAAAAAAAAAAACAUUGUUUUGUUGACCACUUAGGCACAUGACUGAUUUCUAUUUGUGUACACAAAUUGCAAGAAAGUUGUUUUUCCUUAUUAUUAUUGUUGUCCAUGUGUUUGUGCUUGUUUACUUUGUUUUUCUGUAAACUAGUUGUAGAACCCUUGAUGGGUUUUGUAGCUGUAGAAGUGUAAAAUAUCAUGGUUUUAGAGCCUCUCUACCAAUAACAAACCUUAACAUCUACAAGCUUUCA